AUGGGCAUUAUGAAUAUCCAGUUGUACCUAUAUUUUGCUCUGCUUGUUGUAUUUCAAAGGGCUACGUGCUACGAUGACAGAGAUCUACGAUUAUCAUAUUACAAUGCUACUCUGUCAAAUCAGUUGUCAUUGACCAAUGCAUCAAAUCCAUACAACUUGUUAUUGCCUUUCAACACGACCAGAGUGGUAGGAAGUGAAGAAUCAAGGUCAAUACAGAACUUUAUUAUCGAGCAUUUUGGUAAUUUGACGAACAAUUGGGAAUUAGAAAGGGAUUCUUUCACUGAAAAUGGGUAUAAUUUUACCAAUUUGAUAUUCACCCUAAAUGAAAAUCAUAAUGAUAGGUAUGUCGUGUACGCAGCACACUAUGAUACAAUAAUGAAACUUACUGGUUUUACUGGUGCUGCAGAUAGUGCAGCAUCUUGUGCAAUACUAUUGUAUUUAGCUCAAUUUAUUGAUUUUAUUUAUGAAGAAGAUUUGACUAAUUUGGAGCAUCAGUUGUUUGACAAAGGCUACGGAAUCAAAAUUAUAUUCUUUGAUGGUGAGGAAGCAUUCGAAGAAUGGACCGAUGAUGAUUCGAUCUAUGGAGCCAGGCAUUUAGCUUCCAAAUGGGAAAGUGAUUCGAUCUCACAAAUUGAAUUGCUCGUACUAUUAGAUCUUAUUGGAAGUGAACAAAAUUUGACAAUGAAAAGUUAUUUCAAAGAGACUCAUAGGGAGUAUGAACUACUAAGCAAGAUUGAAGAUGAAUACCUGGAUGAAAAGGUUUACAGAUCAUUGACAUCUUAUCGGAACGGUGGGAUUUCAUCAAACAAAGAACUAGAUCCUAGCUACAGAAUCUAUGAGAUAAUUAACAAAUCACUUAUUGGUGAUGACCAUGUCCCAUUCUACGAGCGAGGUGUCCCUAUAUUGCAUUUGAUACCGUAUCCGUUCCCAAAGACGUGGCACACAAUUAGUGAUGAUUUUGAACAUCUCGACCAAGAUGAAAUCUAUAAAUGGGCUAUUAUGCUAUGCGAAUUCGCAUUAAAGGUAGUUCAGUAG